AUGUCUGAUUCUGCUAAAUCCACUCCAAUUAACGACGAAGCUACUCGAUCUCAGUCUGCCAUGGGUAUGGAUUCUAUUGUUGUCAACGCCAUUCCUAUUUCAAGUAUACCACCUAUAAGUCCUGCUAAAAAGGUGAAGAGAACUUCGAAGAAGGAGAAGACAUCGCAAGUAAGCCUCAACUCUUCAUCUCCCUCUGCUUCGAUUAAGAAAACGAAGAAAAGAGCAAGAAAUCGAAAUCUGAAUCGAGGAGGAGUUUUACAAUGUCUUGAUGUUCCCAAUUCUGUUGAAACCCUAGGUGUAGAGAACCCUGCUAUGUCUGAAAAUUUGGGGAAAAGUGUUCCUAAUCCCCCUAUUGUUGUUGAUGUUAAUAUUGGUCCUGAGACUCAUGUUGCGUCAAGUGUUGUGACACCUGACGCUGAGCCAAAUGUUGUGCCAGAUGUUACCACAUCUUUGGCACCAGAUAAUCUUGUGGACUACUCUGAGUCUGAUGAGAGUCCUAAACCUAAGUUUGCUAAUGAAGAGAUGUUUGCUGAUAAGGAUGUUAAUGAAGAUCCUGAUGUUGUGAUUAUGAAUGAGACAACUGCAAGUGAUAAGUCUCAUCCAACAAAUUUUGAAGCUAGUGUAGCUAGAAGAACUAGGAGCAGGGCUGGUAAAGGUGUGGAAACUGCCAUCACACCUGUCCAAACACCUAAACCAACAAGGUCUGCAAAAGGUACUGGUAAAAAGCCCUUGUAUGGUCCUCCAAAACCUGUGAGUAAGGUGAUUCCUAGAAAUGAGGAGAAGCAAAAGGUCAAGAAAAGGAAAGCCCCACCUACUAGUGACUCUGAGUUUGAGCCAGAGACAGAUGUUGCUGCAUCUAGCAGCACAUCCAGGAAGAGUAUAGGAAGAAAUAAGGUUCCUCAGUCUGUUCCCUAUGCUCCUUUAGAUAAUGUGUCAUUCCAUCUGGAGAAUGAAUCUGCUAGGUGGAAAUUUGUUUAUCCCAGGAGGUUGGCUCUAGAAAGGAAUCUCAAGGAAGAUAUCCUUCAAUGCCAAAAUAUUGUUGAUGCUAUUGAAUAUGCAGGUUUAAUAAAGACUGUCUGUGGGCUGGACAAGUGCUAUGACAGGCUUGUCAAAGAAUUUUUGAUAAAUGUGGCUGAAAAUUGUGAUGAUCCAACAAGUCCUGAGUAUAGGCAGGUUUUUGUUCGUGGGAAAUGUGUUAAAUUCUCACCAACUGUUAUUAAUCAAUACCUGCAAAGGAAUACUGAAGAGGUGGCUGAUUUGAAGGUUACAGACAAUGAGGUUUGUAAAGUAAUCACAGGUGGCAAGAUAAAGGUUUGCCCUAGCAAAGCUAAGUUGGCUGCAACUUCUCUCUCUCCCUUUUAUGCCAUUCUAAAUAGGGUUGCUGCACACAAUUGGGUGCCUACAACCCACUCAGGUGAUGUGGUAAGAGGAUUGGGAAAGUUCAUUUAUGCUGUGAGUACUAAGGCAAAAUUUGACUAUGGCACUUAUUUCUUUCAUGAAACUUUAAGCCAUGCUGUGACUUAUGCUGUUGAGAAGCCAAUAGCCUUUCCCACUCUGCUGUGUAAUGUCAUUCUUGAGCAACAUCCAAAUAUUCUAAGGAGCACUGAUGUUCCUUGUAAAAGAAAAGGGAAGCUGACUAUUGAACAAAGGCUGCUUACAGGGACAAAUGUUGCAGCAGGUGUUGGCCCAUCUGUCCAGGCAGGGGUCCUCUCUAGGAAGCAGAUGAUUGCUGAUUUGACUGAGACUAGCAGAGCACUUAAGGCCAGAAAAUUGAAGAUAGAUCGUGAGGAGUAUGAGUGA